AUGAACAGCAUCAGGCAGAUCCAAGAGCUUAACAAGCGCGAGCUUGAGAAUAACGUGUCUCCAGAUGCAUCAUGGCAUGUAGACUAUCGCGACACGGCGUACAUCUACAUUGGCGGACUCCCCUUCGAGCUCUCCGAAGGAGAUGUAAUCGCAAUAUUCUCCCAAUUCGGCGAGCCUACAUACAUCAAUCUCGUCCGCGACAAAGAGACGGGAAAGUCACGAGGGUUUGCGUUCCUCAAGUAUGAGGACCAGCGCAGCACAGAUCUCGCGGUCGAUAAUCUGGGCGGAGCGGUUGUGAUGGGACGCACGUUAAGGGUGGACCAUACGCGGUAUAAGAAGAAGGACGAUGAGCCAGACGAAGGAAUUGAUCUCGGCGAAACAUUACAGCAAAGUGAUGAUGAUGGGGAAGGGAGGCGAAAACGGCGACGGACGAGUGAGAGUGAGAGUGAAGAGGAGCGUCCUAUGAUCAAGGAGGAGAUUGAGCUUGAGAAACUUAUCAGAGAACAUGACGAGGAUGAUCCUAUGAAGCCUUUUCUUAUUGAGGAGAAGAAAGAAGAGGUGGCGCUGGCUUUGGCUUUGGUUAAGCCUAAAAGCGGAAAAUCUUCAGAACCAAAGCAUCGCCGUCAUCAUCGAUCACGACGAUCGAGGAAGGAGGGUGAAGAGAGUGGGGAUGACGAUGAUAAGAAGCGUUCUCGUCAUCGCCGGAAGCAUAGGUCGCGGUCAAGGGAACGUUCACAUGCCGAUGGUGCUCACCGUGAUGAAAAGCCAUCUCGACAUAGGCGCAGGGAGGACGAGGGUUCCAGGCCACGGAAGAAAUCACCAAGCCCUGCGAGAGAGCGUCGCCGUCGGGAUGAUGGCCAUAAGGACCGUGAGCAGAGAAGGAGGAGUAGGAGUAGGAGUAUUGACGGCCCGGUUGAGCGGGGGAGUCGUUAUGCCAGAAGAAGAAAUUCUGACGAUUGA